AUGCCUAGUAGAAAAAAAGAUUGUGUAUCGAAACAGUGUUUUUUAUCUAGAGAAAUGGAUACAUUGAAUAAAGCGGUCGCUGCAUUUUGGCAAAUUGAGGAAAUCAAUGACGUCACAACUAGUGAUGAGUUAAAAAUUUGUAAUGAAAACUUUAAUAAAACCCAUUAUCGUAAACCUAAUGGUAGGUACGUCGUAAAUUUGCCAUUUAAAUCAGAAAUUAUGGAGGACAUUACGUUAGGUGACUCUAAGUGUAUGGCAAAUAAAAGAUUAAAUCUCUUAUGGUUAAAACUUGAACGAAACGUAGAAUUGAAAGACUUAUACAAACAAUUUCUUCGUGAAUAUGAGCAGCUUGGCCAUAUGGAAGAAAUUGUAGAUGAAGCUGAUACUUCAGAAGGCUACUUUCUCGCACAUCAUGGAGUGCUUAAGCCUUCUAGCUCCACCACAAAGCUAGGCGUAGUUUUUGAUGGCAGUGCAAAAACCACUAAUGGGAAGUCGCUUAAAGACAUUCUUUUAAAGGGUGGAACUAUUCAAGAAGAACUGUUUCACAUAAUAUUGCGCUUUCGUAAACAUGUUUAUGCCUUGACCACUGACAUAAAAAUGAUGUUCAGGCAAAUUGAAGUCGAACCGUCUCAAACAAGAUUUCAAAAAAUUCUUUGGAAAGAAAACAAGGAUAGUCCAGUUAAAACUUACGCAUUAAAAACUGUCUCUUACGGUACUGCUCCUGCUUCUUAUUUGGCAACAAAGACACUUCAGCAAUUAGCUAUUGACGAGAAAGAUAAAUUUCCUCUCGCUUCUGAAGUCGUGUUAAAUGAUUUUUAUAUGGAUGAUUGCCUUUCCGGCUCAUCCAACUUAGAAGAAUUCAACGAAUUCAGGAAUCAACUUAAAUCUCUUCUUUUAGUGGGUGUAUGA